AUGAGCCUCAGACCUAAUGCCGCCUCCUCCUGUACCUGCACCAGCCCUCUCCGGGUCCUACAGGGGCUGCUAGUGCUAUCUCUGCUCUUGACCACGCUGCUUCCCUGGGCCGCAGGAGAAACUCAAAGUGUGGACAGGAAGAAGUUCUUUGAACUUUACUGCAUGUGUUUGAAGACCGUCUCUGGCAUUCAUCCAAGUAACAUCCAAAGUUUGGAGGUGCUCAGAGCAGGACCCCAUUGUGCCAACGUUCAAGUGAUAGCCACACUGAAGAAUGGGAAGAAAGUCUGCCUGGACCCAGAAGCUCCCAAAAUCAAGAGAAUAGUCCAGAAAAUUUUGGAAAGCCAUGGGCCAACAGCUUAAUUGGUUCACUUUGUCAAACCUUUUUAUCUCCCAAGAAUGGGAGGAGUUUGAAGGCUUAACUUUCUGGAGUUCUUAUUUAUCCAAAAUUCCUCUUCGUAUUGUGUUAAACUUUGGAUAUGUUUUCCAUUCUGCCUCAAAAAGUUACAUGGUAUUCUGAGAAGCCUGGUUAGUAGAUGACAGAGAGAAGAUGACAAUAAGCAAACUUACUUUCAAAAUAUAAUGUAUGGUUUAUUCCCUAACUCUUGAUUAAAUGUGGCACUCUGCUUUGCAUUCAUUUAUUUAAAAUUUUCUUUUCAAAUACUUACAUGUGCAUUAACCUAUCUGGCUCUACCUAACUGUUAGACUAGCUAUGCCCAUGAUGAUUAAUACAUUCCAUAAUGGUCAAUGGUAUUCGGAAUUACACAGAGCCCAGAAUAGAGCACUUGCUCAAGAAAUGUUUGCUAAUUUAUU